CACACUUACUUACUGAGGUGAAAUUUCUGUGGAAUUUCCAUCUCUGGAAGCUCCUCUUUCCAGAAAUGGCAUUUCAACACCAGCUUCUCAGCAUUACCGUAGUGGUUGUGGCUAUACUGUGGCAGAAUAGGAAUUGCUUCUGGAACUGACCAAGGUCGUAAGAGGGUUAUGACACUCCAGAUUCAAUGUAAUCUCUUUGGGCACCAGCAGUAGAACUUGUCUGUUCAAAAUGGUUUAUGGUGAAUUUUUCCGCAGACCUGGCAAAGAUGCAGAACUUAUCAAUUUGAAUGUGGGUGGCUUUAAGCAAUCGGUGGACCAAAGCACCUUGCUCCGAUUUCCCCAUACCAGACUUGGGAAACUUCUCAAAUGCCACUCAGAAGAGGCUAUUUUAGAACUGUGUGAUGAUUAUAGUGUUGCAGACAAGGAAUAUUACUUUGACAGGAAUCCUUCAUUGUUCCGAUAUGUUCUGAAUUUUUACUAUACAGGCAAACUUCAUGUCAUGGAAGAACUUUGUGUCUUUUCCUUCUGCCAGGAAAUAGAGUACUGGGGGAUAAAUGAGCUGUUUAUUGAUUCCUGCUGCAGCAAUCGGUACCAAGAGAGGAAAGAAGAAGGUCCUGAGAAAGACUGGGAUCAGAAGAGCAAUGAAAGAAGUAUAGACUCCUCUAACGAAGAGUCAUCCAUAUUUGACAAAGAGCUGGAAAAGUUUGACAAUCUGUGUUUUGGUGAAAUAAGAAAGAAGAUCUGGGUCAGAAUGGAAAAUCCUGCAUACUGCUUGUCUGCCAAGUUAAUUGCCGUGUCGUCCCUGAGUGUUGUCCUGGCAUCAAUCGUGGCCAUGUGCAUUCACAGCAUGCCAGAGUUUCAAAAGCUGGAUGCCAAUGACAGGGAGAUAGAAGACCCUGUUUUGGAAGCUGUGGAGAUUACGUGCAUCAUCUGGUUCACUGCUGAGCUAGUGAUCAGGCUCAUCACCGCUCCAAGUCAAAAGAAGUUCUGGAAGAAACCACUGAAUAUCAUUGAUUUUGUCUCUAUUAUCCCAUUUUAUGCCACGCUGGCUGUGGACACGAAGGAAGAAGAAAGUGAAGAUAUUGAAAAUAUGGGGAAAGUGGUUCAAAUCCUGCGGUUAAUGAGGAUAUUUCGCAUCCUGAAACUGGCCAGGCACUCCGUAGGACUGCGGUCUUUAGGUGCCACUUUGAGACAUAGCUAUCAGGAAGUUGGACUCCUGCUUUUGUUUUUGUCUGUUGGGAUUUCUAUUUUUUCAGUGCUUGUCUACUCAGUGGAGAAGGAUGAUGACUCAUCAGAACUGCACAGCAUCCCUGUUUGCUGGUGGUGGGCAACCAUCAGCAUGACCACUGUUGGUUAUGGGGACACUUACCCGGUCACACUUGCUGGAAAGCUGCUUGGCACCCUAUGCAUCAUCUGUGGGAUACUAGUGGUAGCACUUCCAAUCACUAUUAUUUUCAAUAAGUUUUCUAAGUACUAUCAAAAACAAAAAGAUAUUGAUCCAGACCAAUGCAACAAUGAUCGCAAAGAGAAAUGUAAUGACCUACCUUAUUUUAACAUUAGGGAUAUUUAUGCAAAAAAGAUGCACUCCUUCAUUUCUAGCCUUUCUUCGGUAGGAAUUGUAGUCAGCGACCAAGAUUCAACAGAUGCCUCCAGCAUCCAAGAUAUGGAGGAUGCUUAUAACACAACAUCUUUAGAGAAUGGUACAGGAAAAUGAGUUGAAUCAUGUUCUCUUCCCUUUAUUUCUUUUCUGAUUCUUGGUAAAUGUGGACUUACAAACUUCAGUGAAUUUAUUAAGAGCAGUUAAUUCUCAGGGUGCUUAACUCUCAGCCAUAUUUGGACAUUCUUUGCUCUGAGGAUGCCAUAAAAGCUUCAUUGUUUAUAUGAGGCUUUAAAAUAUGCCUCAUACGGUGGUUUAGUUUUUACACGACUAAUGUUAUGCAUUUUUGGGGAGAAAAAGUCAGGAAAACAGUUUUAAAUGUGAGAUCAGUGUUUGCUUGGUUUUGUGGUUGGGUUUUUUUUUUUUUCAUUAUUGGUUGUUUUUUCCCCUGCAGAAAUCUGAUGGCUUAUACAGAAUCUGCUUUUAUAAUUUGCUGCUCUUCAUGUAGAAAUAUAUUACAAAUAUGUAAGAACUAUUGCACAAGUCAGUGAAGUUUUUACCUGCAAAUACACCAGGAAAAAGAAGGAAUUAUGUACAUGUAAAACUGUGCUCACUAACACAUUUAUGUAAUCUUGGAGUUGGGAACCCAUUUUCUAAGGUGGGGGAGAAAAUACAUCGCUACAUAUUGUUUUUACUCCAUGGAAGCAUAAUAUUUAUGAAUUUCUUUCCAAAAGCACAAUACAUUUUUAGUUUGUUAAAAUAAAUUUAUCCCAUUGUGCCUA